AUGGUAAAAGCUGCCGGGAAUACCGGCGAAGGUAAAUCACGCCGCCCCCGAAAAAUUCAAGACGACAGUUGCCGCGGCAUACGGCACUCGCUCGCAACCCCCGUGAAAUCAUCGAACCGGAAGGGGGUGUCGCCAAAGGCGGAGGCAGCACGCAAGUGCACAGGACCCGAAGGUCAGGUCCUCGGGAUUCCUCAUUCAUAAACGCACUUUACGCUCCUUCAUCCUCUCUUCUCUCCCUUUUGCCGAUCUAUGGACAGGAUAUCCUCCGUACUCUUGAAUCGAUGACCUACAUCCCAUGAAAAUGCCCUCCUCCAUUUUUCUUCCUCCCCUCUGGCGGCUCAUGGGAACCGGGGGACAGUGCGAUCGAAAUGAUUUCUUCGUUGAACACUACACCUACCAGACUGAUCAAAAUGACCAACUUGUAGUUUCUUGUUAGAAAAAUACAGCCUAUAGACAGUGAAACAGUGUAUUUUUAAAUAAUUCUUCGUGAAGUAUAUAAAUUUGCCGUAUUAUAAAGCCUUUCUAUUUUUUUUUCUUUUUUAAUUCAAUGUCACCGAUAAAAAAAUUUUAUGCUUCAAUCGUCGAAAGUUUUGGCACUAAUAGAUGUAGGUGGAUUAUCGUUCUAUUGAAAAUUAAUUCCAAAUAUUUUGAGUAGGUAGUUUCAAGCUCAUACCUGAUAAUUUCAAGGAUGUUCUAGAGAUCAACUUUUACGAAAACAGAUUAAGAACAAAGAAACAAGUUGGAAUUUACAGUAUGCCAGAAAUUGUUGUUGAGGAAUCGAGACGAGCAGAACGUUUAAUGCCGAACGCAUCGCGAUACAAAGUGUCCAUCGACAUGACUGGUGCAGUGGCCGUGGUUUAUCGACAACCUGUCGUCCCGACCUCGAGACAACGUCGAAAGUGCAGAACCCUUUCCAUCCUACGCGACCUGACGAAGUUGUUCUACGCGGAAAUACCGUGCGCGGAUCGUGAGUAUUGGCCGAGGGAGGAUCGAAGGAAAUCAAAGCCCAACGACGAAGACGAAGUCCACACAAGCGUGUACGUUUCUAAUAGACCACACAGAAACGGUCCUCCUCUCGGUUGCUCUUUAUCCGUCCAUGCACAAAAGAUCCUGCCUGCAAGAAGCUGCGCGGCACAAUACGCCACG